UCGCAACACAAAACACCAGUGGGAGACCUCUGACUGAUCAUGAGUUACAGUCCCUGAGAAGAGAUGUGUCACAGAUACAGAAGCAGGUUGUGCGGAUUGAGUCAGUGCUGACAAUGCUGUUCACUCCGCUAAAGCAGAACCUGGACCGUGUCAGCAAGAAGCUGUCCUCUUUGGAACAGCGACAGACAGCACAAAACUCCCAGAAUGCCUUAUCUUCUUCCCAUGAUGCACUUCUUGAAACUGAAACCCAGCUGGAUUGGCUGGGUAAUUUAGAUGGGGGCACAACAAGCUUGAGCGGACCCAGUUUUAGUCAAGGCAGUAGUAACGUAAAGACGCAUCGCCCCCAAAGUAGUUCCCAACAUCACAGUGUCAAGGUCAAAUCAGAACCAGUGGAUCAUGGGUAUGACCUUGCAACAGCCAAUCAGAAUGAUGAGAUGUCGGUUAGUCAGGAGACGGAGGGUUCUCCAAGUCAGUUACUUUUUCCUCAAAUGACAGAAGAUGGAGGCAUCACAUUCGAAUCACUUAUUGGUGAUGAUGAGGGGAAUAAAACUACAAUUGACUCUAAACCUGGGCCUUCAACUAAACCGGACAUUAUUCCUAGAAAGAGGCUUAAACUGGAACAUCAUUCAAAAGAGAGCAAUUCUUCCUGGAUGCCUGCAGGGUCUGAAGUGAAACUGUCAGCAUUUCAGGACAAGUGCAGUGAUGCUGUGGGGUUAAAGGUCAUUCAGGAGGGGUCCGAUUCUGAUGAUGACUUCAGGGUUUCCGGAUCAGACCAAUAUACCAGUCAGGAGGGGGCAAUGGGACACCUGUCUCCUCCAGAGUUCAAGAAACCAACAGUCAUCACACCAGUGAAGAACGUGGUGAGAGGCCCAUCCCAAGAUGCACCACUCCAAGAAUUUGCAUGUUUCACGCAGGUUGUGGACUCCAUGGAGGACACGGAAGAAUGUACAGAGGAUGAGGCCAGGCUGCUGAGGAUGGAGAAAAAGAAGCUAAGAAAAGACUGGAACCAGCAGUGCAAGAGAGCUGCUGGCACACCUUACUCUGCCCUUGGGAAGAACCAAGGUCGUGGACAACUCAAGGCUAUUCAUGAAAUGGAGGUAAAAAAUCCAUAUUUUUGUAUUCUGUACUUUGCAUUAAUGUAAAAAAUACAAUGAUGAUCGUUACAGCAAUAUUUACUUUUUAUGGCUUUUAUCUGAAUGGUAUUUCAUGUAAAUUUAUUACCUUUGCCAAUG